AUGGCCUUCAGGGCCUCGGCGAUGCGUGCGGCUCGGCCCCAGGGCCUCCGCCUGCACGCCACCCGGAUGGCUGAGAUCUCGCCCCCCAGCUCCUCCGGCAAGGGCGGUGCCAAGCCCAAGUCCAAGAAGGAGGAGGAGUCUGACUCGGAGUCUGAGGACGAGUUCUUCGACGAGGAUGGGGAGGGUCUGGACCCACAGCAGGUGGAGUCCCUGCUGGCCACGCUGUGCGAGGGCACCGACCUGGCCCACCUGGAGCUGAAGCUCCCCGGGUUCCAGCUGCGCGUGCGGCGCAGCCUGAGCAAGGCUGCCUCCCCUGCCGCGGCAGCCGCCGCCCCCGUCGCGGCGCCGGCCCCAGUACCCGCGCCCGCCCCCGCGCCCGCCACCCCCCCUCCCGUUGCCAGUGCCGACGAGGCCGACGAGUCGCGCCUGGCGGUCGUGGCGACCAAGGUGGGCGUCUUCCGGCGCGGGCGCUAUGUCAAGGGCAAGCGCGUGGGCAAGGGCCCACUGGCGGCUGCGGGCGACAGCGUGAAGAAGGGUCAGGUGCUGGCCUUCGUGGAGCAGCUGGGCACGCACUGGCCCGUGGAGGCGCCACAGUCGGGGGAACUGGAGGGCUUCCUGCUGGAGGACGGCGACCCCGUGGAGUACAACCAGACUGUGCUGGAGCUGACCCCCUUCUUUGGGGGCCACAUCAUCGGCGACAAGAAGUACCGGUGA